CCAGACCCUGCAACUUCCGCUGGAAUGGCAGUGAAAUCCGACGUUGGGCUUUAAAAACAGCCACCUAACGUAUCAGUGUUAAUAUUCACUUGGAAUUCCAGUCUGUGACUUUGAGGCAUAAUGGCUUCCUCACUCCCCUUGUCCUCGCUGCGUCUGCUCGUCCCCCCUCUUCGUCUGCUGAUGGGGGCCAUGUGGGAAGUGGCACGGCAGCAGAAUGUCAAGCAUUAUGGGAUUCUGGAAGAUUUUGUGUGUCUGAUGACCGAGGAAGUUCCCCAGUUGCUGACAGAUAAGCAGAGAAGCCUGCUGCUGCUUGCACUGAGAGUCAAGGUAAGCCUUUAUGAUGCUGACACACAGAUUGACCAGAAACUCUACCAGGACAGUACUGAUGCCAACUCAUCACCGCUCAAGACAGGAUCAGGGAUUGCCGACUGUGAUUCAAUUCUAGCUACUCUCACCGAUAAAGCCAGUCCAGUUGAUAAACAGUGCCUCCUGCAGAAUGUGUUCAACCAGACGUUUGAUGAGGCUCUCCAAAAUCUCCUCUCUGACUUCCUGGCUAGGCUCGAACAGCUUUUUCCUGUCCCUGACUUCAAACAGUCUGCAUCAUUGCUCAGCGCUUUCCCUGCUGCUGGGCUGGUUGAUUGUCUCAGUCUGACUGACAAGGAGGACUUGAAAAUGCUACUGACUAAUCCGAGUUGUCGCCUGGGUCAAGUCACACCUACGGUUGAUUGUGACACAGAGAAGAUCCUCCACUCUGCCUGGUCCCACCCCCUAGUCAAAAAGCUGACCAAUCCUGAGCCCACUCACCUCAGUGCUCAAGUCCAAUCAGAUUCCGACACGGACAUUGAAAAUCCCACCCUGCAUGUAGACGCGGAGGUAACUGUGAUGACGGAAUGUGAAAAAGAAGAAACCGAGAAAGGCCAGGUGCCAUCCCCGGGUGAACCCAAGUCCAACCGUGGCUCAGCUGUGGAAUCCUUCACGCACGUGAACCUAGAGGCAGACAGAGUGACGGACUCUGUUGAAAUCCAAUCAAAACCUAUUUUGGAUCAACUGCGCUCUGACCCUGUAAACAGUAUUUCCCAAAUUCCUCAGCGAUUGGCCCACAAAUGUCCUCAGUGUGGGAAGUAUUUCAUCUACCGCUCUCAGGUAAUUCGUCACCUGCGCACAGCUAAGUCUUGCGGCUCCACUUUAGCCACGACUAUAAGAGCUCGGCAGGCUGAAACACAUGCUGGUGAUGAGGAGGAGCUCCCCUCUUCAGAAGCCCAAAACAAACACCGGCACCUAAGCAGAAGCCACCUGUGUUUCCAAUGCGACGGUAUCUUCGCUACCAAAGGCGAGCUAAUGACGCACCAGCGCAUCCACCGCGCCUGCCCCGUUUUUCGUUGCGGCCAGUGCGACAAGGAGUUCCGCCACCUGUCCACUUUGACCAAUCACAAGCAGACACACUGCAACAGCAGCGGGUUCAUCUGCAGCCAUUGUGGAAAAGAGUUUGCGUCGGCCAAGGAGCGAGACACCCACCGCCUGCGGCACCGGCCGCUUGAUCUGACCUGCGCCGCGUGCUCGCAGACUUUCACUUCGCAGUCACAGCUGCUGCGACAUCAACAGACGCAUUUGGUGGAGGGUGCCGAGCAGUCCUAUCGUUGUCGUUUCUGUGAACAGACCUUCUCAGGUGUGACUCUGCUCCGUAUUCACCAGCGCUCCCACACAGCCCGUUCGCACCAGUGCGACAAGUGUGACAAGACGUACGCCUCGCUCACUGGCCUCCAGUCCCACCGAGCCAGUCACAACGGCAACAGUCGCUUCCUUUGCCCCCAAUGCGGAAAGUGCUUCAAAACACGCGACGGGCUGGAGUGCCACCUGAGGACGCACAGCGGCGAGCGCCCGUACCGCUGCCCUUACUGUUCCAAAGAUUUCACCGCUCUCGCCGGCCUCAACGUGCACGUUCGGCAACACACGGGGGAGCGGCCGUACGUGUGCACGGUUUGCGGCAAAGGCUGGCCGUCCGGAGGCGACCUGCAGAAACACAUGAGGGUUCACACAGGCGAGCGUCCGUACACUUGCGAGGAGUGUGGAAAGUCCUUCUCCAUCUCCUGCCACCUGAACGAACAUCGUCGCAUCCACACCGGCGAGAAGCCCUUUUCCUGUCCCGAAUGUGGAAAAUGCUUACGGAGGAAGUUCGACCUGAAGAAACACUUGUUGUCUCACAGCAAAAAUCGUCCUUAUCCCUGUUCAUCCUGUCCCAAGAGCUACACUCGCAGGACGCACCUUGCAAGACACUUGUUGACACAUGGUUCGACUGGCGGCGAAACGAAGGUGUUUCUUUUAUCCAGUUGGGGGCGAUAAAGUGCCUUGAAAUCGUUGGCACUCACUGAGCAGGAGAAGAAGAAAACAAGC